CUCCAAUACGCCAUUUUGGCAUGACUGCGUGAUAAGAGAAGUGUAAAAUCUAUCCGAUUCCAUCCACUUUCUUCCUUUUUCCAUAAAAAAAAUGGAAAACGCAUAUGGAAUCGGUGUAAAAAAUAGAUAUGAUAUAUUUUUAAACGAGGAAGAAGAUCCUUUGGAAAUCCUAAAACAACAUGAAGAAGAAAAGGAGAAGAGAAAAACAGAUAAGGUUGGAAAAGAGCCGAAAGGGAAAGGCGUUAAAGCUGGAAAACAGACAUCAGUAAUUUCAGCCCCUAAAAAAGGCGGGAAAGAAGAUACUCCUAACAACGCAAGAAGUCAAGAACCACAACAAAAACGAACGGAGAGACCACCACCAAGGAUUUCUGGAGAAAGAGCUAGAUUUGGUUCUCAAGAUGAGCAUAAAGAAAAUGAAGAAAGGAAAAAUAGAAGGAACAGAGAUGUACCAUUUAUACAACCUGAUUCAAAGCAUGAAACUUGUAUAAUUCAAGAUUUCUUCACUAGGGAAGGUGAAGAGGAGGUAGCUGGAGAAGAAGGUAAAACUUCUGUGGAUGAAGGACCUAAAGAAAUGACAUUGGAUGAAUGGAAACGACAAGAGGAAGAGGUGCGCUCUGUCCCAAAGUUCAACUUGCGUAAGCCGGGUGAAGGAGAAAGUCAGACACAAUUUGGAAAGAAAUUGUACAUCCUGAAAAAGAAAGAAGAGGAGGAGGAGGAUGUUGAAGAUGAAGAAGAGUCUGAUGAUGAUGAUGAAUUUUCACGUCGGGGACGCCAGAAGCAUGUUGUUGACAUUGAAAUAAACUUCAGUGACUCCCGCAGGGGUCGAGGACGUGGACGAGGAGGUAUGCGUGGAAGUGGUAUAAGAGGUGGACGUGGAGGGGUUGGUGGAGGAGGUGGGCGUGGAGUGGUUGGUGGAGGUGGUGGACGUGGGAACUACAAGGCUCCCAAAUCAUCCCGACCAGCUGCCCCCAAGGUGGAUGAUUUGGAGGCUUUUCCCUCCCUUGCUGCAGCUUGAACUUUUGCAGUUUCAGAACUCCAUUUUUCUGAGCAUUAUUGGUCUAUUGUUUCAUCAGAAGGUCAAAAGUGUGGGUGAAUACGCUUCCUAUUUCAUUGUCGGACUUUGGCCUUUUGCGUAGAUUAAAAUAGUGGGAAGCAUUCGAGUCAGGAUGUAUGGAAAACAGAGGAAUUGUGCUACUGUUAUGUUUAGGACCUUUUUUUGUUAUAUUAAACAAACAUGCAGUCUGUUGUUAAUAUUGUGAAAUCAAGUUUCCUAAUGCCUUAAAUUUUACCUUCAGUCAGCUUCAAUAGCUGACAUACUAGGUGAUUAUUAGGCCUGUAAACCCCUGAACCCAUUAAUAAAAGAAAAAGUUCUCAGAAUUUGUUUUUGUUGGUGCUCAUUUAUGGGCAGACUUUUUUUUAAAAAAAAACCUGUGGCUAACUGUAUAUUGUUUGGUUGUGAGUUUCAAAUGGUUACUUACUAAAUUCUAAUUCUUUGUGUUAAAUAACAGUAAUAAUAGGUAUUAUUUAAUUAAUACAGAUCAUUACUCGUAAUAUCACUUGUUGGUUGAAUCAUUAAAAGUAAAAACACGUAAAGAGUGGGUAAUGAAACUCGUUAAACCCAGUAAAACGUGACAAGAGUGAACAGUUAUGUAAGUUUUAAACUAUUUAAAUAGUUAAGGAAACUCUGUACCCAAAAACAAACAAAAAGUACCAAUUGAACAAGUUAAAUGCAUAAUUUGAAAGGUAACUAUCUUUAAUGCUAAAGUUUCAGUUAAUAGUUACAAUUGUAAACUUCCUGGUAGGAUUUGAAGAUUUUCUGUUGAUAAACUGGUCCAGAUCUAGGUGUUUUUUGUUGUUGUUUUUUGUAAGUGCAUUCUAUUUUCUCAACUUUGCACAUUUGUACACUAAGUACUAUUUUGCUUUUUUCAUUUAGUUAGAAAAUUACAAUGAAAUUCUUGCACAAUUAGUAAUUGUUAAGUGACUAACAUUAACAUCAGUUUAAAAUUGUGUAAAAUGUAUCUUUCAAUUUCUAAAUAAAACUGAAGGUGUGAUUGUACAACAA